AUGGUGACGGAGGGCGCAUGCGGCAUGGUGGCAGACAAGGCAGACGACGCGGCGUGGCAGGGACAGUGGGAGGCGAGGCGCGCGCUGGCGGAGAAGGGCGCGCAGUGGCGGUCAGUGGCAGACGGCGUGGCGUGGCAGGGCCUGGGCUGGCAGCUCACGAUGGAUGUGCGAUGCGUUGUGUAA